AUGGAAGAAUUGCUUAGAGCGAGCGCUGAUUACACUGUUAAAGAUUCAGAAGGCCGGAGUGCCCUUGAAAAGGCAGCAAGUGAUGAAAUCAAGGACUUUACUCUUAGAUUUGGGAAUGGUGUUGAUGCAGAAGGUGCUGGAAUUUACUGUAGCCAGACCCUUGAUGAUUUUGACAGCGACGAUGUUGAACAGAUGGGCAGGGAAUUGAUGCUGAAGAGAGAAACAGGAGUACAUUAUGACGAGAAAGAUGGGGAUGUGUUGUUAGCGAUGGUUGCUUACGAGGUCGGUUCGUCAAUGGAGCGUUUUUCGGGGAAUAGGAUGGUGGUUUUUGGGUUACACGAGGAGUUUUUGAAGUUGGAGAAGGAUCUAGAGUCACGUGGGUUUGAAAUUGUAGUUCCUGAAUACAAUGAGGCUUUUGGUAGUAAUGAUGAUGAUAAGUACAAUUAUAUGGGCAUGCUACCUGUGGAGGGUACAUAUGAUAAGAUGGAGGCUCUUUUGAACCAAAACAUCCACCCAGUGGACAUCUUGCUGAUGAUGGCUGCCUCAGAGGGUGACAAGCCGAAGAUUGAAGAAUUGCUUAGAGCGGGCGCUGAUUACACUGUCAAAAGAUUCAGAAGGCCGGAGUGCCCUUGA